AUGGCAGCACAGUACACCAUCAGAGCCUCCCCCAAACAAGCUUGCGUGGGUGUGGCUGAGUGCAUCCUCUUGGCUUUCAUGGCCUAUGACCGUUAUGUUGCCAUCUGCCACCCACUGACCUAUGCCCAGGUCAUGAGCCGGCAGGUCUGUGUGAGCCUGGUGAGUACUGCCUGGUCCUUCGGGCUGAUCAAUGGCAUCAUGCUUGAGUAUGUGUCAUUCCGGAAUCCCUUCUGCAGAGACAACCACAUAGAAAACUUCUUCUGUGAGGCCCCCAUAGUGAUUGCUCUCUCCUGUGGAGACCCCCAGUUUAGCCUGAGAGUCAUCUUUGCUGAUGCCACUGUGGUGCUGCUCAGCCCCAUGGCGCUCAUCGUCAUCUCCUAUGCCCGCCUCCUGGCCUCCAUCCUGGGCAGGAGCUCCUCCUCUGGUUGGGGGAAGACCUUCUCUACUUGUGCCUCCCAUCUGACCGUGGUCAUUUUUCUCUAUACCUCGGCCAUGUUCUCUUACAUGAACCCCCGUAGCACACACGGUCCUGACAAAGACAAGCCUUUCUCCCUCCUCUACACCAUCAUCACCCCCAUGUGCAACCCCAUCAUCUACAGUUUCCGAAACAAAGAAAUGAAGGGGGCGAUGGUGAGGGCCCUUGGGAGGAGCAGUCUUUCCCAGGCAGAGUCUGUCUAG